ACUUAUGAGUCAAAAAAAUGUUUGAACUUUUUUUUACUUUCAGUUUUCCCAAUAUUGGUUAAAAUUCUUUAUUUUAAUUUAAAAUAGUUUGAUCGAUUAAAUAAUUGAUGUUUUUUAUUUAUUUAAUUAAAGAAAGUAAUAAAAUGACUUUAGUAUUUAUCAUUUACCAGAUUAAAUAAAUAGAUUUGGCAACAGCGCGUUUGACUAUACCCAAUACAGAGACGUGAAUUUAAUAUUGGAGCAAUUAAAAUUAAAAAUGAACUGUCGUUACAAGGGAAAAUUCAGUAAAAAAAAUGUUGUUCAGUGGAAAAAAAAUGUGAUUAUUAGUAAUAAAGCUCGGAAUGAAAACAAGGAGAAUGCCGAAAAUACAAGCUACAUUGAACUAAGCGGACGAAGAUUGGUGGACCUACAAGUGUUGGAUGAUGAGUUGUGGUGCAAGCCUUGCAAGAAGGCUUUGCGACUCCGUCAUUCAGUCAAUGAAUUGAAAAAUGGAUUAGCAAGUAUUUUUCAUGUCAAAUGUGAAACUUGCGGGAACAUGUAUGAAGUAAACACUUCAGCUAUUGAAAAAAAUUCAACAUACAAGCAUACAUAUACAGUGAACUCGAAGGUGGUUGUUGGUGUUCUUGAGAGUGGUGGUGGAAACACCCACCUCAAUAAAAUUUUAUCAGCUGCAGAAGUACCUAUUAUGCAGUCAACAAUCUUUAAACGUCACGAGAAAAAAGUAGGAGUUGCAAUAGAAUUAAUAGCGCAGGAAAGCUGUUUGGAAAAUUUAAAGGCCGAGAAAGAGAUGACUAUUGAAAAAGAAGGGUAUGGUUUAGAAUAAUAUUUAAGCUAAUCAAUGAUUUAUUGUUUAAAUUUCAAUGCAGAUGACUAUUAGUUUUACUUAAUAUAAUUAAAGCGAAGGGUCUGGUCCGUUCGUGUGAGUACUUGGAAAUUGCAUUUUAUAGC